AUGUCGAGUCAACCCGCCUCCCAGGGUGCUGCCAAACCUCAGUCGGCGGAGACAGCACAGUCAGAAAAAGCCCAGAACCUUUCUGCACCUCUGGAAGAAGAUGACGAGUUUGAAGACUUCCCGGUAGAAGAUUGGCCCCAAGAAGAGGCAGAAGCUCCGAGCGGAGGGUCUGGCAACGACCAUCUAUGGGAAGAAAGCUGGGAUGACGAUGAUGCGAGUGAGGACUUCUCUAAACAACUAGCGGAGGAGAUUAAAAAGGUGGAAGCUGCCAAGCGGUGA